AUGCCACUGUAUUAUUGGAGCCUGGAGAAAAUGCCUCCAUUAUAUCCCCCUUAUAGGAAGUUACCCCCUUUUCUUUAUCUUUACCCAGCCAUAAUUGUUGAUGAGGCAAGCAGCAUGGAUGAAGACAUUGCUAUUGUUGGGAUUGGAUGUAGCUUCCCAGGGGGUGAGGGACUGGACAAUUUCUGGAAUGUUCUUGUUGAUGGGAAAAAUUGUGCUGUGGAUAUUCCAGAGCAGAGAUUUGAUAUAGCACAGUGGUAUGAUCCUGAUGAGACUAUUCUUGGGAAAAUGCAAACUACUAAAGCUGCAUUCAUAGAUGGGUUCAAUGAGUUUGAUCACAGGUUUUUUGGCAUCUCUGAAGCUGAGGCUAAUUUUAUGGACCCUCAGCAGAAGCUUCUUCUGCAGUGUUCCUAUAGAGCAUUAGAGGAUUCUGGCAUUCCCAUGGAAAAAGUCAGUGGCUCCAGAACAGGUGUUUAUAUAGGGCUCAUGAACAGAGACUAUGAAACACUACUGAACAACAGCCCGAGUACAAUAACUCAUUACAAUGGCACAGGGACAGCUAUGAGUAUAGCAGCUAACCGGAUCUCCUACACAUUCAACCUCACUGGGCCUUCAUUUGCCAUUGAUAGUGCCUGCUCCUCCUCUUUAGUUGCAGUCCACUCUGCUUGCCAAGCAAUCAGACAAGGUGACUGUGAGAUGGCACUUUGUGGAGGCAUUAGCUGUAUUCUUGAACCGCGGAUCUUUGUGGCUCUCAGCAAAGCUAAAAUGAUUUCACCUGAAGGCACCAGUAAACCUUUCUCAAAAAGAGCUGAUGGAUAUGGAAGAGGGGAAGGCUGUGGUAUAGUUCUUCUAAAAACAUUGAAAAAAGCUCUUCAGGAUUUUGACCAUAUUUGGGGCAUUGUAUGCAAAACAGCAGUUAAUCAAGAUGGCCACACUGUCACUCCAAUCACGAAGCCAUCUAUGGUCCAGCAGGAGGAGUUGCUCAAUAGAAUCUAUUCUACAGGGACCUACCUGUCUGAUAUCCAGUACGUAGAGGCUCACGGGACUGGGACUCCGGUGGGAGAUUCAGUAGAAGCAGGCAGCAUCUCUAAAGUUAUUGCCAAGGCACGGCCCUCAGAGGUAGGGCCACUUCUUAUUGGCUCAGUUAAGAGUAACAUUGGACACACAGAAUCUGCAGCAGGAGUGGCAGGACUGAUUAAAGUACUUCUGAUGAUGAAGCAUGAAACUAUUGCACCGUCAGUGUUUUACUCAGAGGACAGUUCUAGCAUAGAUGUUCAAGCUCUCAAUCUAAAAAUUCCCACCAAAGCUGAGAAAUGGCAUUGCACAGGUUCCAUAGAAAGGGUAGCAGGAAUUAAUAGUUUUGGUUUUGGGGGAACUAAUGCACACGCUAUCCUCAAAGAAUACAAACAUGCUGCAUCCUCUGACUUAGAAAGGUUUGGUUCAAGGAAAUUGUUCCCAUUGUCUGCUGCCACUAGUAAAUCUCUUGAAAUGUGUAUUGAUGACACCUAUCAAAGAAUCAGCACAGAAAACAAAGUUGACCUAACAACUCUCUUGUAUACAUCAGCAUGCCGAAGAAGUCACAUGAAACACAAAUACAGGAAAGUGUAUGUUACAACAUCUCUUUCAGAUUUAGAGGAACAGCUGAAAACUAGCCUAAACAAGAAGUUUGAUGCUAUUAAACCAGACCCCAAGGUAGUCUUCGUCUUCUGUGGGAAUGGGGUUACAUACAGAGGAAUGUGCAAGCAGCUCCUGAAAGAGGAGCCUGUUUUCAGAGAAAAGAUCAGAGAGGUUGAAAACUACUUUCAGAAUUAUAAGAUUACAAGCAUUUUGCAGAAAAUAUCAAGCAGCUUUGACAAUGAUGAUUUUUCAAAGCCAGACAUUGUCCAGCCUCUCCUUUUUGCAACUCAGGUUGCCACAGCUCACUUGCUAAAGCACUGGGGCAUCAGACCUACUGCUGUACUUGGGCACUCUGUUGGAGAGAUUGCUGCAGCCCAUUGUUCUGGGCUUUUGUCUCUAGAGGAAGCAGUGAAAGUAAUCUAUUAUCGGAGUGUUCUACAAAGCAAAGUCACUGGAGGAAAGAUGCUUGUUGUUGGUAAUAUGGCUGUGUCAGACGUUUUGGAAAUUCUUCCAGCAUACACAGGGAAAGUGUGCCUAGCUGCUUUGAACAGUCCUAUGUCAUGUGUGCUAUCAGGUGAGAAAGAUGCUAUUGGAAGUGUGCACCAAAUGUUAAAGAACUCGUUCAAAGCAAAGAACAUGUUCCUUCAUGUCUUGGAGGUUCCUGCUGCCUACCACAGUCAUAUGAUGGAUCCAGUACUGACUCAAAUUAGAGACAGCAUUGGGUCUUUAAAUCAACACGAAUUGGAAUGUGAAUUGUUCUCCACAGUAACAGGAAGGAUGUGCUGUCCGGGAGAUUUUGUAACUGGUGAUUACUGGGCAAGGAAUAUCAGACAUCCAGUUAAAUUUGAACAAGCAGUAAGAGAAGUGGCCAGCAACAAAAAGAACAUCAUCUUUGUUGAGAUUGGCCCAAGAAGGGCUCUGCAGAGGAACAUUAUGGAGACAUUAGGAAAUGACACAGUGGUGCUCUCAUCAAUCCAACCAGACAAAGAUCAAGAUGCACUAUUUACUGUUGUGUACAAACUAUUUGAGCUUGGAGUCAAUGUAGACUGGGACCAGUUCUAUAAUGGGUUUCAGUCACCACCUGCGUCUUACCCGGUCUAUCAAUUUGAUUGUUCUAAAAGUGAUGUAUACUUUGAGGAAGUAAGGCAAGGUAAUGACAUGAUAGCUUUCUGCCCCCAUCCCCUGAUAAUGCCCCAUAAAUGUAAUAACAGAAUGUUCAAAUGCAAUCUGUCAUUAGAAACCACCCCUUACAUUUGGGAGCACAAAAGCAAUGGUAUAGUCAUUGCUCCUGGUGCCCUGUACACUGAACUGGCUUUGGCUUCUGUCAUGGAAUCUAUGACCCCAAAGAUACCUCUAGCUUCACUUCGACUUACAGUAAACUUUCAGAAUUUGCUUGUUCUUAGUAAGAGCUCACAUUGUCUGAAGGUGCAACUUGAGCGACAUGAGGGCAAGACUUUGUUUCAGAUUCAGUCUUCUGCUACAACACAUGCAUCAGGUACCAUUGCUUAUACAGCAGGACCAGCUGUGACUGACCAUCAAGUCAUUCUCUUGGACGUUAUUUCGAAGAGAUGUCCAUCAGUCAUACCAGGGGAACAGGUAUAUGUCACACUUAACCAGGCAGGCUUUGAGUAUGGGCCAAUCUUUCAACAGCUGGGUGACAUCCAGUAUGGAGAGGAUUUCAGAGAAGCAGUAGCCAAUGUCAGGAUACCAGAUCAAGUGCUAAACAAGUUAUACAAGUACCAUUUGCAUCCUGUUGUAUUAGAUUAUUUUCUGCAGAUGACCUCUGUUUUAACUCUGAGUAACAGCACUAUUAGACAUGGAUUUCCCUCUGCAAUUGGCAGCAUGGUGAUAACUGCACCUCUGUGUAAGGAAAUGGUCAUCUAUAUGAGGCUUACUCAGGAGAUGCCAGAAUAUUUUGAGGUAUGUGGUUGCUUCACAGACAGAAAAGGACACAUAUUGGUUGAACUGAGGGAUGUAAGAAUCACACUUGUAGGAGACGCUGCGAAAGUUACUGACUUUUACUUCUUUCAUAAUGAAAGAUUCACUCUCCCUGCAAUUACCAGCAUACACAGCAAACCAAAAGCUGUUGUCUUUGAGGAUUCUUUAGGUAUUGCUAAUGCACUGAAGACAUACUUAGACCCUUCAUCUGUAUUUUUGUCUUCUGCUGAUGUAGGUUUGUCUUCUUUGCAAGUUCCAGAUUUACUAUUACACUUGGACCACUGUACAGCUGAUAUGGAGAAAAUUCUCUUUAUCUGGAGCGAUCAAAACCUCAGUUUUCUUAAAACCCAGACAGUCCUGGAGCAGUUGGCUAACAUUUGUGAGCUUUACCGUCACCUUCUUUUGACAAUGAGGAAGUGCAAGCACUUGCGCACGCUUCAUGUCAUAACUUAUAGGUCCUCUGAAAGCACCACUGAUCACAUUAGUCCAGGAUUUGUACUAUCAGGCAUGACAAGGGCCUGUGCUGCUGAGUUGUCGGAAAUUUCUUUUCAGCUGAUAGAUCUUGCCACACUGUCAAGUGAGGACAUAAAAGCACUGAGUUAUGUAAUUUGCUCCUAUAAAAGCCAUGAAUACCCAGAGGUCUUGAUAAGUCAAGGGCAGGUCCAAUCAACAGCGAUAACACGAACAGCCCUUAAUAAGAUACCCGAAGGUGUAAACUCUCCAUGGUCUAAGUGCUUCACCCUACAGACAGCCAACCCAUAUGAAAUGGCUUGUUUGUCAGCCAUACCAACUAAUGAUGUACAUGAUUUAAUCGAUGGAAAAAAUGUGGAGGUGCAGCUUUGUAAAAUUUGCAUGCACUCCUCAGACUAUUUUCCAGUCAGUCUGUCUGACCUUAAAUUUGGCCAGGCAUUAUAUUGGAACAAACAUACAUCUCAGAUGCACAAACUUUUAGCUCUUGAUUUUAGUGGGAUUGUUACAGCUGUGGGAAAAGAUGUAAGGAAACUGAAAGUGGGAGACCAUAUAGUCUCCUGUUACCCCAGUGUAGCAGCCUCCAAGGUUAUCCUUUCAGAGGAUGCUUGCCAUAAAACAAGAAAGCUUCAGUUUUUGAAGGACACUCCUUGUCUCUCUUACUUUAUACUUGCUUGGGAGAUUUUGCAGAGUGCAUUACUUAAGGUCAAACAAAACAAGACAUUGUGCAUUUUCUCCACAACUCCAGACUCUGCUCUGAUGAAGGUGUUAACCAUCACAGCGAACAAGUCAGGAUGGAAUGUUGUUACAGAAAUGGAAUUGAAUGCACUUAGUCAACAUUUAGACCAGUGUCCUGUUUUUGUCCUCAUACCUCCUUAUGAUCAGUCAUGCUUGGCACAGUUAAGUAGUACGUCCAGUGCCAAGCACAUUUUUCUUGUCUGUAACAGCAAUGAACCUGCAACAAGCAUUCUUCCAAGUGAUAGUGAGAAUAUGUGCUUCCACUUUAUUAAACUGUGCAACAUUUUUCAGAAACCUAAUCUCAAAACACAGAGUUCUGAUGUGCACAGAUGGCUAAAAAUGAUGCACUUGGAUAGGAAUUUUUUAUCCUUACAAAACAAGGCUUUCCAGUCUUCCCAAGGUGAAACAGAGAAUGCUGGAUCAUACUUCACUGCUAAAACUAUGUCCUUGAUUGUUCUGUAUAACAAUGGGUCUAUGGCUGGUAGAUCUCAGAUAUAUCUACAACCCAGACCAAUGCAGCUCUUCUCACAGACUGCAGUGUACAUAGUUUCAGGUGGUUUAUCUGGAUUGGGUUUUGAAACAGUCAAGUUCAUUUCACACUGGGGUGGAAAGUGCAUUGCUACACUCUCAAGGAGUGCUCCAUCUGAGGAGACACAGCUGCAUAUCAACAACCUUAAAAAGAGGUAUGGAGUAAGAAUAAUCACUCUCCAGUGUGAUGUGUCUGUAUCAGAUGAGGUACUGGAAGCAGUCACUGCCAUUGGACAAAACUUCCCUUCUUGUCCAAUAAAAGGGGUUUUUCACAGUGCUGCUGUGCUGCAUGAUGGGUUACUUGAAACACUUAAUAAGACUCUCUUUGAAAAAGUCAUGCGUCCAAAGGUUAGUGGAGCACUGAACCUUCACUAUGCUACUUUAAACAGCAAAGUUGAUUAUUUUGUAUGUUAUUCAUCCAUCUCCUCCUUUAUUGGCAAUGCAUCCCAGGCUAAUUAUGCAGCAGCCAACUCAUUUCUAGACUCUUUGUGCCACUACCGGCGUAAUGUUGGACUUGCUGGACAGACCAUCAAUUGGGGGCCUCUUAAAUUAGGUCUUCUGUUCAACAAAGCAGAUUAUCAAAAAUUCUUAGAAGCCAAAGGUUUGAUGACAAUGGAAGUGCCAGAAAUCCAUGAAGCUUUAAAACAUUGCUUAUUGGAAAACAAGCCUCAACAAGUUGUGUGCAAAUUCAACUUCAGAAACCUGAGGAACAAUGUUCUCUCUCAGAAUGCUUCUCUAAAAUUCCGACUAGCAGCAUUAAUUGAGAAAGAGUUUGAAGUCAAUACAGUGAAUGAGUCCAGGAAAGAUCUACACUCUUCUUUUGAUGAUUAUGUAAGAGAUGUGGUAAGUGACAUUUGCAAUGUCGAUACAGAUGAGUUUGAAGCUGAAACCUGCCUUGCUGCACUGGGCAUGGAUUCAAUGUUAGCCAUGACAUUGCAGAAUCAAAUGUUUCAGGAUAUUGGAGUGAAUAUUCCACUUGCUACUUUACUAGAUCCUAACAUCACUCUGAACUCACUGGCUAGGCUUCUAAAAGAAAGCAGUGAUGAAAUCUAAACAACAUAAAGAAAAUGCAUGCUUGUGUCUUUAAACUAUGCUGAUUAUUUGAUCAAUUUUAGAAAAAUGUUUAAUGUUGCUAAUGUUGGCAUGGGAUCAAUAUAAUAU